CGCAAUGAACAUUACAUGCUGCAAUUAAUUCAGGUGGAUUAAUAUCUUGGGAGAAGUUUGAAGACACAACUUUUGCUCUAGCUUUGAAAACUCAAAACUAAGAGCAAUGACUGUAAUUCAGAUGCUUCUGAACGUUGCAUUGCCCCCAUUAUCAUUGAUUCUGAUGUCUGCUUUCAUGCCACCUUUACUUUUAUUCAAGCUACUUAUGUAUGUCAAAAAUUUGGUGCAUACCGAAAACAUGGCAAGAAAAGUAGUACUAAUCACCGGAGCAGCCUCAGGGAUUGGCGAGCAACUAGCUUAUGAGUAUGCAAGGCGAGGAGCAAUGUUAUCUCUGGUCGACAUCAGAAAGGACAAUCUUGUAGCUGUGGCUGAUAAGGUGCGCUCUCUGGGUUCCCCUGAGGCUAUCAUAAUUGGCGCAGAUGUAUCCAAGGUUCAAGAUUGUAAGCGUUUUGUUCAUGAAACGGUGAACUACUUUGGACGAUUGGAUCAUCUGGUAAAUAAUGCUGGAAUUGGUAAUUCUUUAGCAAGGCUGGAGGAUUGGAGAGAAGGUUUUGAAUUGUUUCCGAUCAUGGACGUAAAUUUCUGGGGAGCAGUUUAUGGCACUUUAUAUGCAAUUCCACAUCUGAAAAUGAGCAAAGGCAGGAUCAUAGUGGUUGCUUCAGGUUGCGGAUGGUUCCCACUUCCAAGAAUGAGCAUCUAUAAUGCGAGCAAGGCAGCAGUCAUAAGCUUCUUUGAGACUCUGAGAAUUGAAAUUGGUAGGAGUAUUGGCGUAACUAUCGCCACGCCCGGUUUAGUGAAAACGGACCUUGCACUGAGGGCCAUUAAGAAUGAGAGUACUCUAGGAAGAAUUCCACUGGAGUCAGCAUCUGAAUGUGCUAAAGGCAUAGUGGAGAGUGCAUGCAGGGGAGAUAGGUACGUGACAAACCCAUCAUGGUUCAAAGUGAUGUUUCCAUGGAAGGUGCUUUAUCCUCAAGUCGUGGACUGGGCCUGCCGCUUUGUCUUUGGGCUUUUUCCAAACAUGAAAGGCGAUGUGCACUUGUCCACGAAAUUAGAGAAUAAGGCAGAAUAA